AUGUAUCAGAAUUGCCCUGAGGUUGUUGAGGGUCGAGUGGCUGACGGUCCGACAAGUUCGGGGAGUGGGCACACGCACGCCCACAAGCCCCAGAAUGAUUAUCAAAAUGCCCAGAAGCGGUUUCGUGCUCGGCAGAAGGAGCGGAUGUCUUGCCUCGAGCGUGAGGUGGUGGGCUGUCGCGAUGAGCAGCUGAGCCUGGUUCAGGCUUUUGAAGAGCGGUGCCGUACCGCCGGGCCCCACGUGCAAUCCUGCUUCGGCAGUGGCGGCUCCAAUACGGUCGCUGAGGGCUCCGCAGCGAUGCAGGACUCCUUCCGCAAGAUGAGAAAGGAGCAGGCCGGAGAGAGUUCUGUGUCUAAUCCUUGUGGGAGUAUAUCCGUCUGCCUCGGGUAUCUGCUUCAAUCGCCAGCGGUCGUUCCGCAGUACAAGGCCUUCCUCGCGGAGGUCUCCCGGCACCUCCUCCACUGCCAGCACCCCUGCUGCGACCCCACCAACCCCAUCGUACAGCAGGUGACCGCGUCCGUGGAGCGCAUGGGCCACCUGCUGAAGCACCUGGUGCUGCUCAACUCGCCGCUCAUGAAGCAGCUGCUGCUGCUCAACCUGGAGAACAUGCAGCCCGCAGCGCCCGCCGAAUCCCACUGGGACGCGGUGGUGGCGUCCUUGCAGCUGGGGGCGGAGCAGCGGGCCGACAUACUGGCGGUGCUGGACCUGUACUACGGCCUGCUAGAUAAGCCCUCCGCCGCCGCCGCCUCAACGCAUCAUCGCAGCAGCACCCCCUCCCCCGCCCCCGCCCCCGCCCUGCUGGCGGUGGGCCGUCAAGAGUUCGCGGCGGAGAUGGAGCUCACGGAGCGGCUACACAGCAACCUGGCCAAGGAGCACUCGGCGCACACUUUGCUGAGCUGCUUCUUCUUUGGGAAGGUGCUGGCGCCUCCGCAGUUUGCCAAGGUGGCCGUGUACUCGUAUCCCUUCUUUCCGGACUGUCUGGCGGUGGCGUCCGCCGUGGCUAGAUCGGCAGGUCGGGUGGAGGGGGCCCCUUCGCCAGCGGCAGCCAGGACAGCCAACACCGGUAUUAGCCGAUUGGCAAACUUGCUGUUCAUUUCUGCCUGGUGGUGCAGCAACUUUGCCUGUUUGGGAUCGUACCACGACGGGAAUCUAUCGCGAUACGGCACAUGA